AUGGAACCAGCGGAAUUCCACUUGCAGCAACGGCCCAUCGACGAGGGGCGCGAGAUACGAGCGGUCAUCAUCGGCGCGGGUGUCUCUGGUAUCGGAGUCUACAUUCGACUGCUCCAAUAUGUGCCCAACAUCAAAGUGACCAUUUUCGAGAAAAACCCCGAGGUGGCCGGCACCUGGUAUGAAAACCGCUACCCUGGAGUGGCUUGCGAUAUCCCCAGCCAUGUGUACCAGUAUACCUUUGAGCCCAAUACACAAUGGACCAAGUAUUUCUCGCCUGGCGCCGAGAUCCUCGAAUACGUCAAAGGAGUGGCGAAGAAGUACAAGGUCGAGCAGAAGGUCAAGCUCAACACCAAGGUCGUGGGGGCGACCUGGCACGAAGCGGCCGGGGUCUGGUCCGUCGACACGGAGCACACCGGCGCUGAUGGCCAGACCAGCAGAGGACAGACCGAAGCAGAGGUUGUCAUCAGUGCCGUCGGGCUUCUCAAUAACUGGAAAUGGCCGGAGAUCGAGGGCCUGCACGACUUUCAAGGCAAGCUCCUCCACUCGGCCAACUGGGAUCCUUCGUGGGACUAUUCGGGGAAGAGAGUUGCUCUGUUAGGAUGUGGCUCGUCGGCGAUUCAGAUGUUGCCCCAGCUCCAGCAGACGUCUGCCCAUGUGUACAACUUCGUUCGAGGAGGCACUUGGAUCAGCCAUCCUUUUGGCUCCACGUUCACCGAAGCCGCCCUUGCUGGCAGUGACGAGCCCGGUAACUAUACCUACACGCCGGAGGAGCUGCGCAAGUUUGCCGACGACCCCGUCUACUACGCCCGGUUCCGCAAGGCCAUGGAGAGGGCGAUCAAUAUGGAUUAUCCCUGCUUGUUCGCCGGAUCGGCCGAGGAGAUCAAGGGCACGGCGGCCAUCCGGCAGAAUAUGAAGGACAAACUGGCCGCCCGGCCUGGUCUGUACGAGGCCCUUGAGCCCCGGUUCACGCCCGGCUGUAGACGACUUACGCCGGGUCCAGGGUAUCUGGAAGCAUUGACAAAGGACAACGUCGAUUUUAUCAAGACCUCGGUUACCAAGGUCACCGAGAACGCGCUCAUCACCGCCGACGGCAAGAAGUAUCAAGUGGAUGCGAUUGCAUGUGCGACCGGCUUCAACUCGAGCUUCAUGCCACGAUUCCCCAUUGUCGGCCGCAACGGCUUGACCUUGCAAGACAAAUGGGCCGACCACAGCUGUGCCUACAUGUCUCAUUCCGUGCCCGGGUUCCCCAAUUACUUUGUGGUGGGCGGGCCCAACUCGGCGACGGGAGGAGGUUCAUUGCUGCUGAUCUUCGAAUCCAUCAUAUCGUAUGUGGUCAAGGCAGUGGAGAAGAUCAGUCGAGAGCACAUCAAGGCCAUGGAGGUCAAGCAGCGCGCCCAGGAUUCGUGGCAGAAAUACCUCGACUGCUAUUUCCCGGGCACCGUGCACGUCGAGCCCUGUACCAGUUGGUACAAGGUGGACGGCAAAAUCACCGGCCUGUGGCCCGGAAGCAGUUUGCAUGCCAAAAAGGCCCUGGACAAUCCGCGCUGGGAGGACUACACCUACGAGCCGCUUGACGGCCACGAUCCCAUGGAGUGGUUGGGAAAUGGCUGGACCGUGCCGGACAGAGAUCGCGCGGACCUCAGCUACUACUUGGAUUCCCCGGAUGUCCCGCCCAUUCCCAGUGAUGAGCAGCUGGCUCGCCAGCCUUAG